AUGGAGACACUCGUCGUCUGGCUCGAAGGCUUGGGGACCAACACUGCUUGCCUACGAACCAUUGUACUUCAGACCGAGCCUCAGAGGUGGUUACCGUCAUCAGAUCCAAGCAGAUGCAGGACUCAGCCGACCCGUUAUCGAGAACUGUGUCGUAGGGCUGCGAGGUUGUUGGCUGCUGCCGAAGAUCUCCAGGCUCUGCGAACGCAAUACUUUUACAAUCUUACAAGUAUGAAUGCUGGCCCGGCUACGAGGGCAGCACUCAAGCGACAUGGGCCUGUUUCUGGGUGGAUCGGCAUCGCGCGCCGGGUUGCAGAGGUAUUGUACCAUGAUUUUCGGUCGGUGUACUCCAAAGGCCUGUCCCGCGACCACAGCCCGGAAAGGCUGUGUCGUGUCUUACAAGUCAGCCGGAAUAACUGGUGGUGUUAUCGGCACGCAUCGAUUCCGCGGAAACUCAAUGCCAAAGAGGCAAGAGAGGCUGAAGAGGAGGUUAUAGAACAUCUGAGGCUUCUGCUCAGGAGAAACCUCGAAUCUCCCUUCCGUAUCUUAAAGGCCGCAAAUCAACGGAGGUGGACUUUUCAUUUAUAUCAAACACUACAAGCAUCAAGCCACCCAAGUAAGCAACCACCUAACAAUGAUUUCACGUUGAAUUUCGGCUGA